UGUUGAUAGCCUAAAAUUAUUGCAACGUAAUGAUGCCGUAUCUUUUUAUAGCAAUUUUUGUUGGUUGGGUUGUAGUGUUGUCCGGUACGGUCGUAGGCGAUGGUUUUCCAUGGAUGGGAAGUGGGAAUGCGGUCUAUGGACCAGCUCGCCCUGUAUACGGCAACAGUCUGUAUCGCAACGAAACUAGAAGCUAUAAGGCUUUCCCAACGGCUUAUCGACUGCCAGGAAUUAAUUACAUGGACGCUUACGCUAACGAUGUGGAUGGCGCCUAUUUGCCGGCGAAUCCUUCCCCGUCUUAUUCGCUAUCAGAAAUCAUCGGACCGGCAUGUCUACCGGAUGCUGGUCACGGCAGCGCGUACGCCGGAUUUUGUGUAGCAUCCGAAGCAGCUUACCUCUGCAGCAACAUGUCAUCAUCCAAGUACUCCAAAGAUUGCGCAAAUUUCCGGUAUGGCGACGCCAUCUGCUGUUACAAUGCGGUUGUGCCGCCCACAUCUACAGUGGCGCCGCCCACAGGGCCUCCGGUGAAUAAUUCGAUUUUGCGAGAAUUUCUUCACUCCCAUUCAGCGUACGUACAGGAGAUGCAGUGCGGUAUUCCCAAUAUCGAUCCGCAGGUGUUCAUUGCGCUUGAGAAGCAGUCCGUUGGACGUGUCAUUCGGAGGAAACGAAAUAAUUUCGUCAUUCCGGUGGCGAGACCCAACAGACCGACCGUGUCCAAUCCUUUGGUACCACCAACCUUCCCGAUACCAUUCAACGGCCAAAUCGUUGCCCAACCGAAAGCAACUGGUCGAAUCGUUGGGGGAUUUGACGCGCCUAAUGGAAGCGCAUCCAUUUGCUGGCAGGUGGGUGUGUUGAUGCGGACAGCCCUGGGUGCAUAUCGCUGCGGUGGGGUGAUUAUUGGCGCGCGCACUAUCCUUACAGCCGGCCACUGCCUGAUCGGUCCGCUAAACAUUUCUUCCGCUGCGGAAUUCAACGCCUCCGCGAUUAAUGUGACGGUGACUAUUGGGGCCACAACCGCGCUGGUCAGUGGCUCGGAGGGCGCGGAAACUUUCCCAGGGCGAGUAGAAGGAUGCGCUCGUGACUACCAUGUGGCCGUGCCUAUCCCGCACGAGGAGUAUGACUUUGUGAAAGAGAACAACGAUGUUUCUCUGCUCAUAUUGGAUGAAGACAUUGAUUUCCGUUUACACGGAGAAUGCGCUUGUAAACUCUGCCUGAACACGCUGGAACCGCAACCCGGCGAUAUCUGUAUAGCAUCCGGAUUCGGGCUGGAAACGCAAAUCCCAAUAGACUUCAACGGAACUUUCCCGGAUCAGCCGCGCCCCGAAACGCCCCUCAAAUAUGUCCCCCAGACCAUCCAUCCGAUGGACUUUUGCUUCAUCACACCGGGCUACAACAACCUAACAAACUAUGACCUUUACAUCUGCGCCGGAGGACUGGGCGAGAAUGUGUGCUUCGGCGACAGCGGCGGACCGUUAUUCUGCUACGACCGGCAGACUCGCACGCAGUAUUUAGCAGGGUUGACCUCGCAUGGAUGGGGAUGUGCGGAAGUCGGAUCGUUCUACACGAAAGUUCACCCGGUUCUGCCGUGGAUUUUUAACCACGCGCCGCUGAACGAUGUAUCGGUCAUGAUUCAUAAAGGAAAAAGUCACAAAACAUACGAUUGAUAACAAAUUCUAAUCAGAGUUUUAUGUACGCUAGUUCGAAAGGUUUAUUCAAGACCUGAACGCCGCUCUACAGAUACACACUUGU